AUGCAACUCCCACUCCGGGUGAGAGGAUGGUUCAAGACUUUCUUGUCCGUCAGCCAAGCCAAGCUUGUCUACGACAGGAUCACGCUCACGCGCUACACGUCCUUCUACUUCCUCUUCACCGUCGUUUCAUGCAUCGUCCUCAGCUCGCUCCAAGGCGUCAUUCUCUCGGACAAUACCCAAGCUGUCAACAUUCUCACCCGUGUCGUCGACGAUGCUGGGCUCCCUCCACACCUGACCCGAAUUGUUGAUGGAUGGUUACAACAGUGUGAUGGUAUCCCCCAGCUGGAUGGGACCCGCUGUGAACCUGUACUGGACCUCGAGGAAGGGUCGCUUGCAUUGCAACGAAGGAAGAGGGAGAUAUAUUCGAGGCUUUACGGACGACAAGCUGUUGAAGUGGAGGAUGAGGAAAGUUCCGAGAGUUCUGAGGAGGAUGAAGUAGAGUCCGUUGACGACGGUGAAUCCAAUGUGGAUGGAGAAGAAUCGGACGAUGAAGAGGAGGGCAAAGAAGAGGAGGAGGACGACGACGACGACGAAGUAGUCCUCACUGUCAGCACACCUCAGCUCCCAGCAACGACCCCGAUCUCUGGUUCGACUUUCACGUCCGGGUCUCAAACACUGGUCGUGGUCACCAGGACAGUCAGCGACUCAUCGAUUCUCAGCACUGCGACCCUUCCUGCUACGUUCCCUGGAGAAGCGGCUACCCUCUCGCCAUUGCCAACCGGGGCUUCUCAACUUCCUGCUUCCCCAACUGUGAAUUUCCCCGCGCAAACAACGCUUCUUCCUAAUCCGACCCUGGAUAGCAAUACAGUGGCGACAGGCGUUCCCCUUCCUGAUGCAACCCAGCUACCUCUUGAGAGUGUAUCCCCGAACCCUACGUGUAUCUAUGCACUGAGCCAUCUCGAAGAUGGUCUCCAUGACUCGCAACGUGAAGAUGUCGUUAUUCUCUUUUCUCAUCUCUGGAUGAUGACAAUCGGAAUCGUUGCUAUCCUCAACGAAUCCUUGCCCCACCUCGGCGCGGCUUUCUUUGCGCAUAUCCUUGAAGGCGCAUGGGCAGCCUCGCGCAUUGAGAACACCAGAACGUUGACGAGGCUGUACCGCAGAGUUAUCGUUCCUGGCCCCUGCGAGGGUCGGGAUUACCUGGGUACCUGGUGGGAGCAGCGGCUGCGACACACGAUCCCGAUUGUCGUUCUCAACGUCUUCACCAUCCUGGCUCUCGGUUUCUUCACUUGGAAGCUCUACAAAGUUUACUCUGUUCAAACUUUCAGCCGCGUUGGAGCUUCACCAGCCGUUCACCGAAUGUACAGGCUUCUGCUUUUCUUCUCUGUCGGCCUCCAACUCGCGAGCUUCUUCGGGGUAGCCUCAGCGGGGAUGUGGAUCAGCAAGAUGUCGCACGGGAACUUUAGGAUGUUUGCUCAGCACUGGAGGACUUACCUUGCGGUUUUCGUGAUCUAUAUGGCCUUCGUCCUCCCCUGGGUCAUUCUGGGAUGGCAAUGUAUGCGAAAGGAGUGCAGGCGCCGUGUCGCAGCUUUCUUCUUCAUCUCCUUUGUUUUGGUCGUGAUUUCGUGUGUCAUGUUUAGCAGUGCACUUUACCGAGCGAUCUUCAUGGGUUGGCAAUUCUUCGCCACAGUCACCGUCACCUCGUUCACCCUCCUGGUCCUCACCAUCGCUCUUGGAAUCCUCUGCAGAAUCAACUUUGGCAAAGGCCUUGCUGGAUAUCUUGAUGUUAGCGAAGCACUCGAAGGCGCCGACUUUACCCCUGUCACCUUCAGCCGCUACGACGAGAAAUACGCCCCUGCUACCUUCAACAACCGCGAAACCGAUGACUGGGGCACCGCCUUCGAUGCUAGCGCCAAGGAGAUCGAUUUCAAGAACUACAAUCCGGCGAUGUUGCCCAACGUUGCGAUCCCCGAGAAGGCGUACGACUACCAGGUCCAGGUGGAGAUGGGCAGCCCGCAGAAGGAUCCGUUCCUGUCUGCUCAAGAAGUCCGGAUCGUCAAGGGCGCGUCGGUGUAUUCUGAUAUGAACAGGCCGCCUAUUCAACUCUCCGUUUCGCCGCCUAUUGUGUCGGGUAUCGCUUCGGCGAGCAGGAGGGAUAGUGGUAUGUCGGUCACUACGGCUAGUCCCGCGAGGCGUUCGAGCUACGCUAAACAAGGCGGUGCCUUCGCCGAUGCUGCACGAGACACGCACUUCUCUGAUCGCUCGAGCUUUGCGUGUGUAGGACCUACUAGCCCAAUGCAGCCUCCUAUCGGAGGAGUGCGUGCUCCGCCCGAGGAAUCACGUCCAGUGAGCGUGGUCAGCCAGUUGGAGCAUCCUCGGUUGAGGGUGACCAACCCUGAUGCAUACCGGGAGUCGAUGAUGACGCGUACGAGUGUGGCGCCGAGUGUGCUGCCGCCUGUGCCUAUUCCUACUGGUACGGGUGUUGCGAGGGGAGGGAGUAUUAGAGGGAUGGUGGCUGCGUUCCCGGUUGUUUCGCGUAGGAGUUCGUCGGAGGAUAGGGUUUAA